UAUUCCCCGCAACCGGUAUGGGGGAACCCCCGCCCAAGCUCCGGGCAGCCGCCGCGACGUCGUGGCCGGAGCUGCUCGCGCCAUUCGACCUCUCUCGCCUCCGGUCCACGCUCUCCUCCCGCCCGCUCACCCCGCACCGUCUCGGGCGCCUCCUCGCGCUGCCGCUGUCCCCGGCCACCUCCCUCCUCCUUCUCCAGUGGUACGCCGCCUCCCACCCCGUCCUCUCGUCGCACCCCCUCCGCCCCUUGCUCGCCGCCGCCGACGCAGACCCUGAGCGCGCGCUCUCCCUCCUUGAAUCCCUCCCCCCCUCCCGCCACCCCCCUCUCCGGGAAACCCUCCUCCUACCGCUCCUGUGCUCCUUGCCCCCUGGCCGCGCCCUCCACCUGCUCGACCAGUUGCCCAGCCGCUUCGCUGUAUCGCCGUCCUUCCGCUCGUACAACACCGUCCUCGCGGCACUGGCCAGGGCGAACUGCCACGCCGAUGUGCUCGCGCUCUACCGCCGUAUGGUCCACCGGGACCGCAUCCCGCCCUCCACCUUUACCUUCGGUGUCGCUGCGCGUGCACUCUGCCGCCUCGGACGCGCUGAUGAGGCGCUCGCGAUGCUCCGCAGUAUGGCGCGGCAUGGGUGUGUGCCCGAUGUGGUGCUCUAUCAGACGGUCAUCCACGCCCUGUGUGAGCAGGGUGAGGUCGCCGAGGCUACCACGCUCCUCGACGAGAUGUUCCUCAUGGGGUGCUCUGCUGAUGUCAACACGUUCAAUGACAUUGUGCAUGGGCUAUGCAUGCUUGGGCGUCUCCGCGAUGCUGCAAGGCUUGUGGACAGGAUGAUGAUAAGAGGCUGCGUGCCAAACACCAUGACAUACGGGUUCCUUAUCCAGGGUCUGUGCCGAGCAAGGCAGGUGGACGAGGCACGCACAAUGCUCGGGAGGGUGCCGGAGUUGAAUGUCGUGUUAUUUAACACAGUGAUUGGCGGAUGUCUUUUGGAUGGGAAGCUAACAGAGGCGACAGAGCUGUAUGAGAUAAUGGGAUCAAAAGGCUGCCCACCAGAUGCACACACUUACAGUAUAUUGAUACAUGGGCUUUGCAAGCUUGGGAGGCCUGGUUCGGCCAUGCGGUUGCUUAGAGAGAUGGAGGAUAAGGGUUGUGCUCCAAACGUAGUGACCUACACGAUCUUGCUGCAUGCUUUUUGCAGGAAUGGCAUGUGGGAUGACAUGAGAGCAACGCUGAAGCUAAUGUUGGCAAAUGGCUUGAGUCUGAAUUCACAAGGAUACAAUGGAAUGAUUUAUGCUGUAUGUAAGGAAGGCAGGAUGGAUGACGCGAUGACACUCAUGCAAGAGAUGAAGAGUGAAGGUUGCAAGCCUGAUAUCUGCACGUAUAAUACAAUAAUUUAUCAUCUCUGCAACAAUGGCCAGAUCGAGGAGGCUGUGUAUCUAUUUGAAAAUUUGGUUGACGAGGGUGUUGUUGCGAAUAGAAUAACUUACAAUACACUCAUUCAUGCACUGUUGUGCAAAGGAGGUUUGCAGGAUGCCAUACGGCUUGCAAAUGAAAUGGUACUUCAUGGUUGUUCACUUGAUGUUGUUAGUUAUAAUGGUCUGAUUAAAGCCCUGUGCAAAGAUGGGAAUGUUGAUCAGAGCAUGGUGUUGCUCGCGGAAAUGAUAGAAAAGGGAAUUAAGCCAAAUAACAUUUCAUACAACCUCUUGAUUAGUGAGCUCUGCAAGACAAGAAGGGUGCGUGAUGCACUAGAGCUCUCGAAGGAGAUGUUAAACCAAGGGCUUACUCCUGACAUUGUCACAUACAACACACUCAUAAAUGGAUUGUGCAAAAUGGGAUGGAUGCAUGCUGCGCUGAAUCUCCUAGAGAAGUUACAUUCUGAAAAUGUGCAUGCAGAUACUAUUACAUACAAUAUCCUCAUUAGUUGGCACUGCAAAGCGAGAUUGCUUAAUGAUGCUAAUAUGCUUCUAAACAGAGCAGUGACUGUUGGGAUAACACCUAACGAGCGCACUUGGGGAAUUAUGGUGCAAAAUUUUGUCAGACAUCCACUCAAUUUUUUGUCCGACGAGGUUAAAGGGCAUUAAUUUCUGUUUGCUGUGUACUGUAUGUUGGUUGUCAUGGCUUUUGGAGUUACCACAGCUACAGAUGUUGUGAAGAUCAGAAUGGGCAGCUCAUGGUGUCCAUCAUAAUGUUCAUCAUGCUUGACCUGGUAUGUAUGUUUCCUGUUGUAAUUAGAAGUUUGUACCUUGUAUCCAUUGGCCUUUAGCAUCAUUUGGUUAUUUUGUUGUACCACUAGUAAGCCUGCAUGUGCAAUGCACGUCUCAUUUGAAAUUCGCUAGAAAUCAAUAUUUGAAUAUAUGAAGCUUACAUUUUCAAUUUAUAUAUAGCGAUGCGUAAUCUUACGUGCGCAGUGAUUUACUGUACAUUGCACGUACACUGCGAAUUUAAAUGUUGAUGGACUCCCUCUGUCCCAUAAUACAAGACGUUAUUACAUCCAAUAUGUGAGUAUAUUGGAUGUAAUAACAUCUUAUAUUAUGGGACGGAGGGAGUAGUACUUAACAGACUUGCCUAAAGCAUAUUGAGAUUAAAUUCGCCACCAGCAUUCACAAAUCAAGGAUCUUAAUGAACACUCGUAACAUUUUCCCCUUGUUGAGCCAAUAAAAUACCUAUUUCAAUCCAGACGCCUCUAUGGGGCAUAUCAGAUCAUCACAAUGAACAAAAGAUGUAUAGAUAAGGUAGAAUAAAUCAUAAUAUAUUUUCUCACAAUAUUACGACAUCUACGGUUCACCAUCAUUUAACUGUGGAGACUAUCGCCGGUGUUGCCCGAAAUACCACCUCCAUAGCUCAGUGUUCUCCUUGACACCGAUCUGCCGGCCUAAUCCUCUUCUUCUGCGUUGUUUAGCUCAUAGAAUACCAUUCCUCAUUCCAGGCUACGUGUUGGUUCUGAUCAAAAGCAGCAAUUAGAAAACAAAUAAUGUUAGCUCAAAUACAUGCUAUAGCAAAUAUAUUUCAGUUGCAGCUUACACAAAGAAUAUGCAGCUUACACAAAGAAUAUAGUAAGCGUGCACAUGCAAUGCACGUCUUGACUAAUGUUACAACCACAUUUUCAAAUUCACAAGAUACUCUGAUAGCACUAAAAACAUAUUACAAAUCGACCUAUAAUUUAAAUGAUUUUCAAGCAACGCUAUAAUUUAGCAUCAUAUGCAUACAGUGAAGUCACCUAAUUAUCUCAGUAUGUCUUAAUACACUAAUCAAUUCUUGUACAACAUCAAGGAUGCAUGUUGUCUGUGGCUUCAUUGUCAAUGUAGUUGAGUAGAUGCACCAAAAAUCACUUUCUUGCCUCACAACUAUCCUCUUGGAGAACUAUAGGUCGUUAUCUUGAGAGUUUUCAUGAGGUAGAAUUCAAAAAGUUGCAAUAUUAAAUACUCACCUUGCAAAUUGGCUGGUUCAAUUCUUUCUCGUUCCAUGAGUGCAUAAAACCAAAAGCAAAAUAACUGGUGAGACAUGCUACAUUGGAAACUAAUUGAAAUCAUGCACAGCUGAUUUGCAUGCUUGCUUGUCUAUGGCACAUCUGCUUCAAAAAAAAACAUCCGCUUUGAAAGCAAUUAACAGUGACAAUCGUUCUUUGCAAAAUCAACGGCUUGCUCGCCCCUAGUAAACUUGCACGUGCCUCGUCUCAACAGACAAAAAAUGAGAUCAAAUAUAUCUUGGGAUAAGUAAAUAAUUCAAGUCUGCAUAUGCUAUAAAGGAUUGAAUCCGAUCUAUCUAGCCUUUAACCUUAAAGGCUGCCAGCCAACCCGCCUCCAUGGCGCUCCUCCAGAUUGGCCGAUUCCUGUCCGUUGGAUCUGAGUAGAUUUCCCACCUUGGCUCCCCUUGGCCGUCCGAUUUUGACUGCUGUUUUCACUUUUUUUUACGUGAGUAUCACUGGUGGGCCUCUUCCUAGGUGGGGUCACGUGAAGAUGGGUGGGUGCUGCGAUGUGAGUGUCUGAUUGGUUAUUCCUCCUGGAAAGCCCAUUGAGCACAACCGCACGAACCCUAGCCCCCAAUCCACAGCCGCCACACUCCUCCCUCCUCCUCCACCCCAAGUCAUUCUCCCUUGUGAGCCUCCGCUCCAUCUCCUCCCUCCCUCGUCUCUGCCUCUUCUCCGCUCCAAGCUCCUCUGACGCUUCCUGAGGUCAUCGUCGUCGCAUGAGAUCCCAUUGUUGGCCGCCGCCCCUACCGAUGAGAUCCACCGCCUCCCAAGGUCCUCAUCUCGUCGUCACCGCCUCCAUUUCCCCAUCCAUCCGCACCCCGCUCGGCUACUGCGUCUGCGAUUCGUGGUGUCACGGGGCGGAUGUGUGGUAGUGCGCGAAGGGAGGCCGGCCGACGCGGUGAGGAUGCGUAAGUGGCGGGAGAAGGGGGAACGGCGCGGUGAGGACCACCACGGCGUCUCAUGCUGUUCGCUAGAAGCUGCAAGCUCCCGUGCGACCUUGCUCGUCGUCUUCUUCCCGUGCACAGCAUCCAGGUCCAUCAAUUUGUUAUCCAAGAUUUGGCUCAGGAGAGUGCAGCAUAUGCAGGUAGACACGAAGAUGGUGAGUCAGUGACCAUGGUUGCUCUGUUGAGUUCAGGGGAGCAAAUCAACCGAGGAACUCUGAUCGUAUGAUUUUUAGAAUGGUUUAUGUGUAAGCCACAAAUUUUCAUGCAUGAAACUGUUAAUCUUAACGAGCAUAUGUGUGCUAUUUGUUAACCACAUCAUAUUGAAGUUCGUAACUCAACAUACCCGCUGCAUAUUAGUACCUAGUGAAUGCCUGAAAAUAUUAUCCAUUCAUCAAAAAUAUCACCGCGAUUGUAUACAUGUUUCUGUACUAAUAUAGUUGUUUUCAUGUCAUCUAGAUCGUACCAAAUAUAGUAACAAUCAAAUCUGCAAUUUUGGGCAAGGUUAAAUGCUACUCCCUCCGUCCCAUAAUAUAAGACGUUAUUACAACCAAUGUACUCACAUAUUGGUUGUAGUAACAUCUUAUAUUAUGGGAUGGAGGGAGUAUUAAAAAUUAGUCUUGGCUUAGUAUGGUAAUAGUUGUUGGUCACAGCCAUUAAAACGAUUUAUUAGUCCUAUCAGGUUAUUUAAACUGCGGCAAGGAAUGAACAUUACAGCUUAUCUGCGUCAUGACCCUCUCUGAUUUUCUUUGAUGUUGUUUCAUUCCUUGUCCAAGUAAUGCUUGUAAGUCUUUUGUCUGAAUUGAAAUAAUAUGUCAUAUCUGUAUAUUUUACCCCACAUCAUCUUCAAAAAGAUGUUCCUUUUCCGCAGCUCAAGAGAGAGCAUUAUUGUGGACGCCGGUGAGCAUCCUUCUUCCUUCUGAAUUGUGUCUAAUUGCCUCUGGUCAUAAAUAGCAAGACACUGAUGGAGGAGCCGCCCAGCUCAUGCUGCGAUUAUUCAAGCUUUCCGUACUAAGAAAGCACUGACUGCCAGGAAAGGGAAGUGGACCGGGUGCCACAGUAUGGUCUAGUAGUUUGUCAUGUGGUUCCCUCUUUGCAGUGUGUUCUGUGUUGCUUCUUGUUUUUCGAUGGUCUUCUGAAUGCAGUUUUGCUUUGCACCAGAGCUCUUAUUGACCAGUUAACUACUAGGAUGAUGUCAUGAUGAUGCCUACCCUGCAUCCGUGCAUUGGGCCUUCUGCUCCAUGGACCGGAAGUGAGAUCCUUCCUGUCGUAAUAUAUGCCCAAGGACACCAACCCCUUUGAUGUUUCUAGAGCAUCCAAAACUUCCUGUGUUACGUUUCCUAAGAUUAUUUGCUACUUUAUAGCACUGUAUUUGCAUUGUGGCUGGAUCAGGCACUAUCUGAUGCCAUGUAAUACAUGCCUUGAAGCAUUAACCUUUAUGACAUUUUGUGAAUGGCAGAAACUCCCUUCUUAGAUUUGCUAAGAAAGUAUGCUACCAUGUACUCCCUAUGUCCCAUAAUGUAAGACGUUUUUUGACACCCAUAAUGUGUCAAAAAACGUCUUACAUUAUGUGUCAAAAAACGUCUUACAUUAUGGGAUGGAGGGAGUAAUAUAGUAUUUGCAUGCAGUUACUAUGUGCGCCAUCUAGGAUUGUGUGCUACUUACCCCCAUUGUUUGUGUGAAUACCUUGUUUUUGUAUACAUGCGUUGCAGGACUUAGGUCUGCUUUUCACGCAAAAGGGCGCACCUGACCACCCAGGAGGCGCACAAAGGCACGCUGAAGCAAAAUCAUUCUCUUGCAGGCCCUGUAGCUUAGCAGAUGUGUGCAGACUAUGUAGGCUACUGUUUAACUGCUAUUGUUGUUGGAGCCAUUGGCUAUUUAUGCAUAAGAUGGAAGGUGAACUCGGAUUUUUGUGAGGGGAAUUGGAUUUUUUCCAGAUGGCUUGCUCUUCGUGAUGUGGUUGGUACUAAUGAACUGAUGGCAGGCAUCAAGGUUGCAUCUUAGCCACAUUUCCCUUUCUAUAGUUGCCAUCUAGUUGAUUAACAUACAUUGUACAAUUUCAGUCAGGCACAUUCUGGGUCAAUAAAUAUUGAAUCAGCUACUUUUU